AUGUCUGUGCCUGUGCUGGUUUCGGUUAUUCUCCUUCUUUGCUUUGUAGAGAUUGCUGAAGCAGAAGAUACCUAUCAAAGUUCUGGCAGUCUUCCUAAGGCCUCCAAACCUAUCAUAUUCGAUAAGAGAAGUAGUGAAAAGGUAAAAUCAUAUCCUCUUUUAUAAUUUAGCUUUACGAAACUCUUUAAGUAGCAAUGUUAUAGAUCCAGACUCGUCAACGACGUCAAGGUUAUGUAGUAAGUCCAACUAACACAAUUAUCAUCCUAACAGAUUCUUGAGCAGAACGAUCUGGACGCUUACCAGGACGAUAACCCCGGCUUAGGCGAACUAAUUCCCCCUUCCCCCGCUUUCCGAUUCCAUCCUCCCAAGGAAUCUCUCCAAGAUUUGCCUCGAGAUAUAAUCGAAGAUUUGAAUGAACUAAUCAGAGAAAUCCCCUCCAAAACCCAAAAUUCAUCGCUUAAUAUGACCUUAACUAAUGCUUCUAACAACGAUUUGAUCAAGCUUACUAAUGACACGAUGCCAGGUUGCGAGAAUACGGUAAUUCCUUCAGAGGCCGCCGGAUUCCUUUAAUCGGAAUGUCUAUCCCCAAGCCCCCCAGAAUGCACAGUCCCAGUCCUUCGGGAGAUCACAGCAACUGCCUCAUCCGCCCUCACCAGGCCCAUUUCCCUUCCCUUCCCCCAAUUCUGCACCUCUUCAUCCAAAACCUUAUCCACGACAGCCACCUUUUAUUGUAAGACUCACUUUUUUGUUUGAAUGUUAUGUUUAAUCACCCUUUCACAAUGCCAAUCACUAUGCAACACAGCUUACAAGUCUUUUACAGACACAGCCGGUCCAACAACGCCAGUUUAAUAUGAGAACACGGCCACUGAAUUGGGUAACUUGCGCGAGUUCCUUUCACAAAUCUAACAACCUUUUCAGCCCGCCUACAAAACGUCGAACGUGCAGAACAACUCGGCAAGUCGGACCUAUGUCGGCGAUGCAAAUAAAGCUGGUGUCAUUGGCGGGGUAACCACGGCGCCGUAAUUGCACCCUCAGCUUUCACUUAACGCUUCUGACUGGUUGAACGAACAUGAUUUUAGGUACCUCCGGAAGGCGCGCAAAGACCCGCACCUCCUCCAGAAAGUGAAGCCCAUCCUUAUUACUUCCCUCCAAGAAUGCAGCUUCCUCUUCCCAGCUGUUUCCACAAUCCCACUGGGUACGCCUGUUGUAAGUUUUAAAAAAGUUUUUGAGCAAAAUAAUCAGAUUUUAUUAGUCGCGCCAUAAAGUCCUGACACAUUUUGUCGCGGGUGUCGCGCGAGAAAAUUGGCGAGCGCGCGCGAAAAUGCAUGUUGCUAGUGCAAAAACAGGGAAUUGCCGCGACGAGUUCGAAAGGAAAACAAAAACGCACUGUGCAAAUGUGUCAGGACUUUAUGUCGCGACAUGUUAAAAUUCUACCGCACACCACUGUUGCGGGCUGAUUCAACUUCUCGCGGAGUCUUUUUUAAAAUUAUAAUUUGCUAAACUGGUAUAGGUAAUGCCCAGCUCAAUGAUCUGAUGGUGGAAACUUACACCGAAUUGGAAGCUAAACCCAAAUUCCAUAUUUGCAAUAUCAAUGCAAUUGCCAACCAGAUCCAGAAGAAAGCCGAAGAAAAGUAAGAAUCAUCCAAAAAUGGUUAUCGGAUUUUAGAUUCAACACAACUUUUGAAACAAUCGCAUCUUUUGAAGACUUUGCUCAAAAGAUCCAUUUUCAUACUGAUCUCGUGUGCAAGGUUGAAUUGGGAGGAAAGUGAGUAAAAGCGAUAGGAUUACAUCGAUUUACAGAUUCAUGCUGGCAUAUGGAACCGUAAAGAAUGUGGCUGAUAAACUGCCCCCGGCAACAGAGCCAGCAAAUGUUGUAAAAAGGGCAGUCUUUGGCCCAGAACCCGAACUCGAGAUCCCUCCUCGCCCGAUUUAUCAUUCAAUUCUGAUAUAA